CGUUAAAUGGUAUGCUUCAUCAUUCAACCACCAAGGCCCAGCUCGAUCAGAUUGGCGUCCGACAAAUUGAUCAGCCCAGAUCGAAUCAAGGUGCCGCAACGAAGGAGGCGUGUAGGUCAUAUAUCUGAGCUCUAGGCGGUUGUUGUGGUAUCACAAUACCUUGGACUCUGGAGAUGGUGGGCUGUCUUUGGUCGACGAGGAUCGGCAACGGAAACCGAGGGUUGAUGGUACAGAAUCUAGAGGCCCCUCAGCCCAAGUCAAGACAUCUGCGAGACUGCGGCGCAGGCGCGCAGGUUCGGCAGUCCAUGCUGUAUUCGUACCAGUUUUGGAUGAUGUUCCUGCAUGGGGAGUCGCAUCCCACAGCACUGGAAUUUGCACAAAACGGGGGGUGAUGUACCACUCGGUUGAUUCUGGCAUAUCAUGAGGCCAUCGUGGUGUGACGAGUUGUGCGAAGCCUCUUGUCUGUAGAUUGCCCGGAUGGCGGGGUCGGGUUCGAAGGAGAAGAGACCGCCAAGGCAGGGAAUAGGUUCAUCUCCAGCUUCUUCGCCAUUCCCCUUUGUGGUGUUUUGUCCGGGGCAUCGCUCAUCUCAUCCAGUCUGGGUUAGGAUUUGGACAACCUUAUCUGCAGCGGGUCCGCAAGUGGUUCUAGGCAUCUGUAGGACCGUCGCUGACUGGCGAGGGGGCACUGGCGUCGAUGUCGGCAGCGGUGUCUGUGCAGUUGUCCAGAGUCGAUGCUUGGCCUAUGUUAAAUUCGCAAUAGUUGACACAGUAAGAUUUGUCGGAUUAGCAGGGAGGGAGAAGGAUAAUAGUCGGGGCAUCGUGAGGUCGAGGGAUCAGGGCCACUCAGCAAGGACCAGGAUGCGUCAAGGAGACUUGGCUUUAGCCGUCAGCCUCUCUACCUUAGAGUCUAGGCAUCCGAUACUCUAUGGCUCAAUAAGCUCAGCCACACGUCGUUGACGUUUGACUAACAAAAUAGCGUACCUGCCUCGCCAGUGUCCCGUCGGAAGCCACUGCCAUGUCAACCCAACAUCCAUGCCAGGCGUUCCUUCCUCCCGCCCGUCAAGAAGAGGCACAUUGUCCAAGUACGUAUCUUGCCAAGGGGAAACGUGAUCUUGUUGUGGCUGUUCUGGGGAAGGAAUGAAUAACGUAACGUAAGGUAC